CAGGCGCGACGUCGCCCCGCCCACUCGGGCUCGGCGGCUGUGGGCCUGCGGCGGGCGCUGUGGGUUGGAGCCCGGGACGUGGUCGUGGGCGCGCAGCCAGCGGCUCCCGGCCCUUCCCCUCCGGGCCCUGAGUACCGGCCCCCCACCCGAGGAGGAGCCCGAGGUCUCCGUCCUGGCGGCGAUGCUGCCCCGUCGGCCGCUGGCGUGGCACGCGUGGCUGUUCCGGGGUGCCCCGGGAGCCGCGGGUUCUUGGGGUCGGCCGGUUGGCCCCCUGGCCAGCAGGGGCUGCUGCUCCGCCCCUGGGAACCCCGAGGUGCCACUGACCCGGGAGCGCUACCCCGUGCGGCGCUUGCCGUUCUCCACGGUGUCUAAGCAGGACCUGGCCGCCUUUGAGCGCAUCGUGCCCGGCGGGGUCGUCACGGACCCGGAAGCGCUGCAGGCUCCCAACGUGGACUGGCUGCGGACGCUGCGAGGCUGUAGCAAGGUGCUGCUGAGGCCACGGACGUCGGAGGAGGUGUCCCACAUCCUCAGGCACUGCCACGAGAGGAACCUGGCCGUGAACCCACAGGGGGGCAACACAGGCAUGGUGGGUGGCAGCGUCCCUGUCUUUGACGAGAUCAUCCUUUCCACUGCCCGCAUGAACCGGGUCCUCAGCUUCCACAGCGUGUCUGGAAUUCUGGUUUGCCAGGCGGGCUGCAUCCUGGAGGAGCUGAGCCGGUACGUGGAGGAACGGGACUUCAUCAUGCCGCUGGAUUUAGGAGCCAAGGGCAGCUGCCACAUCGGGGGAAACGUGGCAACCAACGCCGGAGGCCUGCGGUUUCUUCGAUACGGCUCACUGCAUGGGACUGUCCUGGGCCUGGAAGUGGUGCUGGCCGACGGCACCGUCCUGGACUGCCUGACUUCCCUGAGGAAGGACAACACGGGCUAUGACCUGAAGCAGCUGUUCAUCGGGUCGGAGGGCACUUUGGGGAUCAUCACCGCGGUGUCCAUCUUAUGUCCACCCAAGCCCAGGGCUGUGAACGUGGCUUUCCUCGGCUGCCCAGGCUUUGCUGAAGUUCUGCAGACCUUCAGUACCUGCAAGGGGAUGCUGGGCGAGAUCCUGUCUGCAUUCGAGUUCAUGGAUGCUGUGUGCAUGCAGCUGGUCAGGCGCCAUCUCCACCUGGCCAGCCCGGUGCAAGAAAGUCCGUUUUACGUCCUCAUCGAGACUUCAGGCUCCAACGCAGGGCACGAUGCUGAGAAGCUGGGCCGCUUCCUGGAGCACGCGCUGGGCUCCGGCCUGGUGAUCGAUGGGACCAUGGCCACCGACCAGAGGAAAGUCAAGAUGCUGUGGGCCCUGAGGGAAAGGAUCACAGAGGCGCUGAGCCGGGAUGGCUACGUGUACAAGUACGACCUCUCCCUCCCCGUGGAGCGGCUCUACGACAUUGUGACUGACCUGCGCGCCCGCCUCGGCCCGCACGCCAAGCACGUGGUGGGCUAUGGCCACCUUGGAGACGGUAACCUGCACCUCAACGUGACAGCGGAGGCCUUCAGCCCGUCGCUCCUGGGUGCCCUGGAGCCCCACGUGUAUGAGUGGACGGCUGGGCAGCAGGGCAGUGUCAGCGCGGAGCACGGCGUGGGCUUCAGGAAGAGGAAUGUCCUGGGCUACAGCAAGCCACCCGAGGCCUUGCAGCUCAUGCAGCAGCUCAAGGCCCUGCUGGACCCCAAGGGCAUCCUCAACCCCUACAAGACGCUGCCCAGCCAGGCCUGACGGCUGCUCCCACUGCUGCCAAGGCCCACUGGGGGUCAGCGGAUGGCUCUCGGGUGGGGGCGUUGCGGUGGCUCUGAGUGAUGAGCCGGCAGUGGGCAGGGGACCAGGCACCUGGUCGAAGGGACCAGGAGCCCGCACCAGGGAACUGCCGGACGCAGGCCCUCGGGCAGGAGCGUCUGGCAGAGUGGGGAGCGCGGCAGGCUCCCUCCUUUGCAGGGCGAGGUGAGGCCUCUGCAGCCGUCCUGGACAGGCCGGGGUGGCGGCAGCUUUGCCCACGUGGAAGCGGGCUGGGUCUCACUUGCGUGGUGGUCCCUGGCUCCACCUUGCCUGCUGCGGCCUGGGGAGCACUGGGUGGUUCUUCCACCUGUUUAAUGCUCAUUCCCUGGCAUGCGUGGGCAGCGGGGGGCGUGGGCAGGACCACAUGGGCCGUGAUCAUGGGUUGCCGAGAGGACCCGAGCGCUGUGGCUCUGCUGAAUGGAACUGGGUCCCUCAGGCCAUGGACGCCCUCGGGAGGGGUGACUGGCUUGUGUCUGGGCCUGAGUGACAGGAAUGUGUCAUUUCCCGCAUCUUCUAGAGGGCUGCCAGCUGGGAAGACAGUUAUCAGGGCAAGCUGUGCUCUGAGUCUCAGGUUCUGCUUCUACAAAGAACGUGCGGUGCUGCGAGCGAGGGCCCCGGCGCGGACAAGGGCCGCUGCAGAGUGCGUUUCUGCUCGUCAGCCGCCCUGGGCAGCGGAUGGGCUGGGCAACACAGCUGGACGCACAUCUCCUGUCAUAAAUGUCCUGUGAGAAUCUGAA